AGUAUGGUGGGGUCCAGUCAGGAUGGAGAAGAUGAUGGAGGCACAGGGAGUACGAGGGCCUCGGUAUAAGUUCCCCCACGGGAACGCGAAGGAAGCCGAAGCGAUGGUGAAAGAAGCAAGGAGCAGGCCGAUGGAGCUGUCACACGACGUAUCACCGAGGGUCCUGCCUCACUUGCACGCCUGGGGCAAAGAACACGGACGGAAUUUCCUCAAAUGGCACGGUCCGUCGGCGCAGUUGGUGAUAUCCGAGCCAGAGUUGGUAAAAGAGGUGUUGAGUAACAGAGGGGGAGCGUACGUAAAACUGCCCGCAACCGGAUUUAUACGAAAGCUACUCGGAGACGGGCUGGUGACGACAGAGGGAAAGAAGUGGACCAGGCAGCGGAAAUUGGCUAACCAUGCUUUUCGUGCUGAGAAUCUAAAGGUCAUGAUUCCAGCAAUAGUGACCAGCGUGGAUGACAUGCUGAAAAAAUGGGUAGAGUAUGAAAACAAGGAGGUGGAUUUAUUCCAAGAGUUCCAUGUUUUGUCGUCGGAUAUCAUUUCGAGGACAGCCUUUGGUAGCAGUUUUAUCCAAGGAAAGGAUAUCUUCACAAAAUUAGGGGACCUAGCCAGAAUUAUCUCUCGAAAUUCUGAGGCUGUACGCUUCCCAUUUAUGAGGAGUAGGGACGACAAACAGGCAGAAGAAGUCGAGAAGGAAAUUCGUGAUAUCAUCGUAAAACUAGUUAUGAAGAGGAGGGAGAGUAAUCGAAUUGGAGACCCCGAUGGUUACGGAAAUGAUUUACUUGGCUUGCUUGUCAAAGCAAAUCAGGAGUACGAAAAGGAUGAAAGAAUCACUCUGGAUGACAUUAUUGACGAGUGCAAGACGUUCUACUUUGCGGGGCACGAAACCGCAGCUGGCCUACUAACAUGGACUGCUCUCCUUCUAGCCAUCAACACUGAUUGGCAAGAAAAAGCCAGAAAGGAGGCAACCGAAUUGUUUGAAGGAAGGUCUCCAACUUCUGAUGACAGCAACAUUGCCAGAUUAAAGACAAUGAUCAUGAUCAUCAAUGAAUCCUUAAGGUUGUAUCCACCAGUAGUCUGGCUCACUAGAAAGGUGGCAAAGGAGGUGAGGCUAGGAAAACUGGUUCUGCCAGCAGGCUUAGAGCUGGUUUUCUCACCAUUAAUUAUUCAGCAUGAUCCUCAACUAUGGGGAGAAGAUGCUCACCUCUUCAACCCAGAGAGGUUUGCUGAUGGAGUGGCAGGAGCAACCAACAAUACAAUGUGCUUCCUUCCGUUUGGCACGGGCCCUCGGUUCUGCGUGGGCCAAGGCCUCGCAAUGAUGGAGACCAAAAUUGCAUUAUCAAUGAUAUUGCAGAAUUAUACCUUCACUCUUUCACCUGGCUAUGUCCAUGCCCCCAUCAGACAGAUCACCACCCGUCCCCAAUAUGGGCUUCAAGUCAUUCUCCAAAAGCUUUAGGUUUCCAAUCGCGUUAUUUCUGUAAGAAUGAAUUGCAUUGUAUCCAGUCAUGGAGCCUCAAUAUCUAUGAACCACACAUGAUUACCUUAGAAAUGUAUUUUAACAGCCAUAUUUUUGUUUUAAUUGAACAUACUAUGAUGCAA